AUGAAGCCAUUUCGGCCUCUGACACUCACGCGCCAUCACACUGGGAACGGCGAGCCAGCCAACAAGAAGCGACGCAUCUCAUCCAACGCACUUUCUUCGGGAAGCCGACAGCCCCUCAAUACGCUGAAUAACCCCGCGCCGGCACAAUUUCUGCCCCCAGGCCUGGAAGGGAACUACUACAAGGUUUUGUGGAGAAAGUACACAACCAAGAAGAACAAGACAUGGGACGGUGACGGCGUGCUCGCUGUGGUAGGUGGCCAUGCCACCCUCACGGAUAGCGAUACUGGGAAGGAGCUGGGCAAAGGAGCGUGCACUCGACCGCUUCUUCCGGGCUCAACGCUCUCUCUGGGUGGAAAAGAGCUUGAGGUCGAGGGCUCCAUUGACAAGGCGGAUUAUCUUGCUGGACGCAUGUUUCUGGGCACCGCUGUGCCUGCACCGAUAGAGCAGUCAAAGCGCGUCGAACCGGGAUACAAGCCUCUAUCAUCCGCUAAAUCAAAGGCCAACAGGAAAAGCAUUGCUGCUGAUGAUGGCGAAAACGUGCCAGAGUACAAGCCCUCCGCGCAACGCAAUCAGCUAUUCAAAGCGCCUCUGUUGUCUAACACGGUCAUACCUCAGCGUAACCCUUCAAUACCACAACCCCGUCACGAUCCACACGCACCGAAUGCCCUAAUCAUGAAGCGACCUGACUCUUGUCCGAAAGGGAAGCAGAUUGUCGACGUAGUCGUAGACCCCGUUCUCAGCAAACAUCUCCGUGAACAUCAGCGCGAUGGCGUUCAGUUUCUCUAUGAAUGCGUUAUGGGCAUGCGAUGCGAGGGCGAAGGCGCCAUCAUGGCCGACGAGAUGGGCCUGGGAAAGACACUGCAGACUAUCGCGCUACUCUGGACGCUGAUGAAGCAGAAUCCGAUCCAUGGCGCUUCUCCCGUCAUCAAAAAAGCCCUCAUCGUCUGCCCCGCUGGUCUGGUUGAUAACUGGAAACGCGAGUUCAAAAAGUGGCUUGGCAAUGAAAGGAUAGGUGUUUACGUGCUGGAUGCAAAGAACAAGAAGAUUGCCAACUUUACCAUGGGCAAGUCUUACAAUAUCUUGAUUGUCGGGUACGAGAUGCUGCGAGUUUACCAAGAAGAGCUAAAGAGGGGUAGUGGUGUUGAUAUCGUUAUUGCAGAUGAGGGUCAUAGGCUGAAGACGGCUAACAACAAGGCCAUGCUUGCUAUUCAGUCCCUGAACACUGAGCGACGCAUCAUCUUGUCUGGUACUCCUCUACAGAACGAUCUGGGCGAGUUCUACACAGCUAUCGACUUUGUUAAUCCUGGUCUCUUGGGACAACGCGCCGCUUUCAAGCGGACAUUUGAAGCACCCAUCAUUCGCAGUCGUCAGCCAGAUGCGAGCGAGUCUGAUUUGGAGAAAGGCGAGGCGCGAUGGAAAGAACUCGUUUCCCUUACAAGUCAGUUCAUGAUCCGACGCACGGCAGAAGUGCUUUCCAAGUACCUACCACCAAAAACGGAGCAUAUCGUCUUUUGCAGGCCGACCAAGGGCCAGGCCGAGGCCUACCGCGCAGUUCUCGAUUCUCCGACAUUUAGGCUGGCCAUGGGAAGCUCAGACAUCGCAUUACAGCUCAUCAACGUACUGAAGAAGAUCUGCAACAGCCCCUCCUUGCUUAAAUCAUCAAAGGACAAUGAUGACACGCCAUCGGAGAUGCUUCAAAGCAUCCUCCCGCUCAUCCCGAACAACAUCCUCAAUUCAAGUGCUUCAAGCGCCAAGCUGCGACUGCUCGACAGCCUCGUACAUCGGAUCUACACCACUACCGAGGAGAAGAUUGUCAUCGUCUCGAACUAUACUACCACUCUUGACAUGAUCGAGCGCCUCCUAGUAUCACUAUCGUACACCUACCUCCGUCUUGAUGGUAGUACUCCUGCCUCAAAACGUCAAGCACUGGUGGAAAAGUUCAACAAGACCCCAAAGACCACAUCCUUUGCAUUCCUCCUAUCCGCCAAAUCUGGAGGCGUAGGUCUCAAUCUUAUCGGCGCAUCGCGCAUUGUACUCUUCGAUAUUGAUUGGAACCCGGCUACAGAUCUGCAGGCCAUGGCUCGUAUCCAUCGUGACGGUCAGAAGCUGCCAUGCAAAGUGUACAGGUUUCUGGUACAAGGCGGUCUAGACGAGAAGAUCUACCAACGUCAAAUCAUGAAGAUGGGGCUUGCGAAUGCCGUGGUUGAUAACAAGGCUUCUGCAUCGUCAUUUUCGCAGGAGGAACUGAGGGACUUAUUUCGCCUUGAUGAGCGUGAUGGCUGUCAGACACAUGACAUUUCAGGCUGUACGUGUGGCGGCCAGGGCACAGCGGAAGUCAAGGUUGACGCUGAAGAAUUGGUCUCGGAUGAUGAAGAUGAUAUUGAAGACUCGGAGGAAGAUCUUUACCCGACACUAACGAAAGCGAGUCAAGUCAACAUGGAGGAACAAGAAGCCAAGAUCCGGGCCAGGAGGGCUGCCAAACUACCCAAGUUGAGGAUGCUGAUGGAGUACCGCCACAUCGACACGAAGAUCCUCAAGGAAACAACGAAGAAGGAAGGUGACGAGAACGUGGACGACAUUGUGGACAACAUGGCCGUAGUCAUUGAUGACGAUGUUUUCCUCGAAGUGCUGAGGGAGCCUGAGUGCAAUGUCGGCUUUGUGCUGACAAAGUCGACGUCGUGA